UCAUGUUAUUCUACAACAUUUACUCCCACUUGCCAUACGUGGUAUGCUCUGCAAAUCUGUGUCGGAACCACUUAUUGAGUUGUCUUUAUUUUUCAAAGUGCUUGGGGCGAAAUGUUUGAGUGUGAAUGUGUUGGAACAAAUAGAAGCCCAAAUACCAUUAACCUUGUGCAAGUUAGAAAGGGUCUUUCCUCCUGCAUUUUUCGAUGUCAUGGUGCACUUGGCAAUUCAUUUACCUAAUGAAGCUAAGAUUGCUGGACCAAUUCAAUAUCGAUGGAUGUAUCCAAUAGAGCGCUACCUACACUUUUUGAAGUCUUUUAUUGGUAAUAUGGCUCGCCCAGAAGGUUCGAUUGCAGAGGGAUAUUUAGCAACUGAAUGUAUGACUUUAUGUUCAAGGUAUUUGAAUACAAUGAAGACAAAAUUUAAUUGCCUUGAACGAAAUUAUGAUGGUGGUGUUUUUGAAUCUGAGGGAGGUUUGACAAUUUUUUGUCAACAAGGAAAACCUAUAAAGGGUAGGAAAGGUAGCAAGCAAGAUAAACUUGAUUCAACUGAAAUGGAGCAGGCACAUUUUCAUAUAUUGAAGAAUUGUGAUGAAAUUCAACCAUUUCUCGAAGAGUUUUCACAAAUUCAUGUUGAUACCUCUCAACAAAGUUCAGAUGUGGAAUGGAAUAGGCAGUUCAUUACAUGGUUGCAAGAAAAGGUUGCAAGAUUACACAAACACGAUGAUAGUAAGAGAAUGGAAGAUUUGCUCUCAUUGGCACGUGGUCCUUUGCCAUAUGUGACAAGAUUCAAAGGCCACAUUAUUAGUGGAUAUAGGUUUCACGUGCAAGAGUAUGACAAAGGUUUGAGAACUCAAAAUUUCGGGGUGGUUGUAGUUGGUGAGACUGAUGAAGAGCAAAAAGAAAUGGAUUACUAUGGCGAGUUAACCGAGGUUCUUGAAUUAUAA